AGGGACGGGGCUUGGGGCUUGGGGUGGCAACCGGGAGAAGACCUGGCGGUGCCAGGCAGCCAGCCCUCAGCACUCCUCCGGCUCCUCCCUCACUGCUACACUGCCUCAAUCUGAAGAGAAGUCCAGGUUCUCUUUUAUUUUCCUGGAAAAAGCGGCCUUUCCCAGGGGCCCGGGACUGCUCCAGAGGACAAUGGAUUCUGGAGCUCGCCCAGUUGGUGGCAGCUGUAGCAGCCCUGCAGCGCUAUCACGGGAAUACAAACUAGUGAUGCUGGGCGCCGGUGGCGUUGGGAAGAGUGCCAUGACCAUGCAGUUCAUCAGCCACCGAUUCCCAGAAGACCAUGACCCCACCAUUGAAGAUGCGUAUAAGAUCCGGAUCCGCAUCGACGAUGAGCCUGCCAAUCUGGACAUUCUGGAUACAGCUGGGCAGGCGGAGUUUACAGCCAUGCGGGAUCAGUAUAUGAGGGCAGGAGAAGGGUUUAUCAUCUGUUACUCCAUCACGGACCGUCGCAGUUUCCACGAAGUUCGGGAGUUUAAACAGCUGAUUUACCGCGUCCGACGCACUGAUGACACACCCGUGGUUCUCGUGGGAAACAAGUCCGACCUGAAGCAGCUGAGACAGGUCUCCAAGGAGGAGGGCUUGUCUCUGGCGAGAGAAUUCAGUUGUCCCUUUUUUGAGACCUCUGCUGCCUAUCGUUAUUACAUCGAUGACGUUUUCCAUGCUCUUGUACGGGAGAUACGUAAGAAAGAAAAGGAGUUAGUGUUGGCCAUGGAGAAAAAGUCGAAACCCAAGAGCAGCGUGUGGAAGAGGCUGAAGUCACCGUUCAGGAAGAAGAAAGACUCGGUAACUUGAGGGAAGUGUGAAGCAUCUUCUGUGAACUGCGGCGCUGCUCGGGGCAGUCCAGCAAUCUGCAAUAAUGAGCGCAUGCUGUUUGCUCCUCUCCACUAUUCUAAAUGUCACUGGUGAGGGGGACAUGUCCACCAGGAGUUUUCAAUGAUUCACUAUUUAAAGUCCUGUCUUAGUUGACUCUGAUUUAUUAGCCCAUCAGAGCUCUGUCUUCUCCUUCAUCGUCACAUUAGAAUUUGGUCUGCCAUUGUUUUGGUUAUAUUAUUGAUGUAAAUUAGUUUGUGUAAAUCGUU